GGGGCCAUGGCGGAGCCGGGCUUCGUGCGGACGCUGGAGAAGCGGGACGGCUCGGCGCUGCGGCUGCAGCAGCGCGGCGCGGGCGGGGUGGGCUGCGUGGUGUGGGACGCCGCCCUGGUCCUGGCCAAGUUCCUGGAGCGCGGGGCCCCGGGCCGGGCCCUGCGCCGCCGGGCCGUGCUGGAGCUGGGCGCGGGCACCGGCGCCGUGGGCCUCAUGGCGGCCACGCUGGGGGCAGAUGUUACGGUCACUGAUCUUGAGGAACUUCAGGAUUUGCUGAAUAUUAAUAUUGAAAAGAACAAGCAUCUUGUCACAGGCUCAGUUCAAGCCAAGGUACUGAAAUGGGGUGAAGAUGUAAAAGAAUUUCUGCCUGCACCAGAUUAUAUUCUUAUGGCUGACUGCAUUUACUAUGAGGAGUCAUUAGGGCCAUUACUGAAGACCCUGAAAGACCUUUCAGGUCCUGCUACCUGUAUCAUAUGUUGUUACGAACAAAGGACUAUGGGUAAGAACCCGGAAAUAGAGAGAAAAUACUUUGAGCUGCUCCAGAUGGACUUUGAGUUGGAAAAGGUUCCACUGGAGAAACAUGAUGAGGAGUAUCGGAGUGAGGACAUUCACAUCUUGAACAUCCGAAGGAAAAAAAUGGCAGGAAUUUCCCAUCGUGAGAUCUUUGACCAUAUUAUCUGAUCCUCUGGAGAGAAGAGAGCGUGUCAAUUAACUCAAAGAGGCUGUCUCCAAAGCUGUUCAUGGCAAAAUUUACAGAAUGUCUUCUAGACGGCGGAUUCGGGAUGAGACCUAAGGAGACAGUGGGUCAUUCGCUAUAGAACCACAGGCAGUAUCCGUCUUAGAGGACAAACGAGAUCUGUUAAUAUUGACAAAGCAGCCUCACCAAGAGAGAGCUAAAAAUGGGACUGAUGUCCUGUUCCAUUCAUCUGCAUGGGCCAUCUGUCUAGAUGGGAGGGCCACACUGGUGAAUUGGAGACACAUUCAGUGUGCUGAGUUCAAACAAUCAGAUCCAAGCAUUCCAUAACAAAGCCUGUCUGACCGGGGGGUGACGGGGGGCGUGCAGGAAGCUGAAGGUCACCCACUUUUCCCGAAGAGGAAACUCCUUAUUCUGACUGAAUUUCACCUUAAAUUAAGAGCAGAUGUCUAUGUAUACUUCAUAAAGAGUUUGUACUUGAGAUGGUUCUUGGUUAGCUUUUGUUCUGCACUUAGUUUUGUAGCCUUAUCUAUAGUUAUGGGUUACUUUAACUAAUUACCCACCUCAAGGUGGAGGUUUACACCUACUUUAAUCUAGGAGAGAUCAGCCCCCAAGAAUGACUAUAGUAGAGAGGUUAUCAAUAGAAGAGAGCCUGCCCCAAAGUGAACAACAGAGAUGCAACAUUGAUUUUUCUAGACUAAUUACUUUUAUUAGCUAACUGAACAAUACACAGUGCAGUCUGAUAAAGGAGAGACCAACCAAUCCAGAAUGAUGGUAUUUGCAUUACUCACAUAGAAUAUCAGGGUUGGAAGGGACCUCAGGAGGUCAUCUAGUCCAUUCCCCUGCUCAAAGCAGGACCAAUGCCCAACUAACCCCCGCCCCCGGAUUGAGCUCACAACCCUGGGUUUAGCAGGCCAAUGCUCAAACCACGGAGCUAUACCUCCCCCCUUGCAGAAAAGCCUGAAGUGUUAGUUCUCAUCCUUGCUAUCAUCAUCACCACCACCACCACUACUAGUGGUCAUCCUUUUGUUGUCUCCCCCCACCGAGGCACACGGGCCAGGAGACAGCUUUUCUGAUGUGGUAGGCUGAUGCCCACGUGGGUUCAUACGUAUUUAUGAAGGUUUUAACCUCUUUUCCUUAUUUGCACUUCCACACCUCACUAUAUUUGGGGUUCCCUGUUUGCAUAGGCUAACUUUUUAGUUCCUCUCCUACUAAUUAGCAUUUACAUCACCUUAUCACUCAGCAGUUAUUUUCAAAAUAUCAGCAUAUCACAAACCUAGACACCAGCUCAGCGGGUUUAUUAUUAAUUUACUUAUGCUAACUUAUCCUAACGCCUAAUUUGGCUAAGCUAAAUAUUUUACAGGCCUGAGUCAUGUAGGCCUUGUGUUACAAUAUUAAUUAAUACUUCUAUUUCACUUCUAUAUACUAAAUAUACCUGAUACUUUUUAUCCU